AGCGGUGAGGUCUGACGGAGCAGUGCCGACGCGUCGUUACUUGUUUAUUAUUAUUAUUAUUGCUGUUGCUGUUUGUAACGGAUCCUGGAGCACACGCACACACACACACACACACACCAGUUGCCGUCCACCAGUCGGCCCGGCGUUGCAGUUGCAUUACUACCACUUGGCGGAGCGCGUCCGACGGUGCUCUACCGACACCGACAACCUGUUCCCGCGGCCACGCGCCGUCCAUCGUCUUGUACCUGCGCCUGUUGCGACCCGAACGAAGAUAACAUAAUAAUCGCUUUCGGUUUAACCAACACUACCAGUUGACUUGUAAAUUUUGUGACCCGUGCGUACGUGAAAUGAAAUUAUGAGGAAAGUGAAAACUAAAUCUACGGGCACCAAUACGGAUGGUGGUGCCGCCAUUCAAGUGGAAGUAGCCGCCGACAUUCCAGAUGCAGAAAAACAUAACAUAUCAAAUUUGGAAGCGAUGAUGCAUAUGAUUAAGUCGACCAUUGGCGGUGGAUUCUUAGCCAUGCCCGAAGCAUUUCACAAUGCAGGGUUGUUGGUAGGCUCCAUAGGCAUCGUAAUCCUCGGAAUUGCGGUAUUGAACAUGAUGUCUUUUAUUGUUCGUUGCUCACAGAUAUUAAGAUCCGGCAAAUACGCGGCUGCCAUUUUGGCAGAAAAAAAUGGAAAUAACGAAGGUGUCGAAGAAGAACACAAUGAACAGCCGAACAAACAAAAUAAUGGAAAGGAGCUAUUGUUGCCUCCCAUGGACUAUCCGGACACCGUGGAAGCAGUGUUUAAGUACGGCUCAGGCGGCCACUUCGCAUCAUGGGGCCCAUUCGCCAAAAAAUUCACCACGAUCUCUUUGAUUUUAACAUAUUACGGUGUCAACAUCAUCUACGUGUGCGUCGUGGCGAGUACAAGCAAGCAGCUCAUUGAUCUUUACACCACCGGUGGAGCUGCGGGCACAUGGAGCUACAUGUUGAACGGUAUAUCCAUCCACUGGUACCCCUUGGCUGUAGCUCUGUUAAUCAUCCCAAUGGGUAUGGUUCAAAUUAUAAAAUACCUAGUACCGUUCUCAGUAAUUGCUAACGGGCUGAUUUCGGCGGGCACUGUGGCGAUGUUCUAUUUUAUUUUCACUGACGACGAGGGACGCAACCCACUCCGUGAGGAUGAACUAUCAAAAUUAGUAGUAUGGCCAAUGACGCGCUGGUCGCUGUUUGCGGGCAGUGCAUUAUGUUCUAUGGAGGGGGUCGGAAUGCUUAUGCACAUCGAAAACUCAAUGAAGAAUCCACUUGAGCUUGCUGGACCGCCAACUUACACGUUGCACUGGUCUAUGUUUAUCAUCGUGUUACUCAACGGCGCUUUGGGCUUCUUUGGGUACAUACGAUACGGCGAACGGUGCCUGGGAAGCUUGCCACUCAAUUUGCCUCCGAAUAACAGAUUAUCUGAAGCUGUAAAAAUCGUAGUUACUUUAGGAAUUCUCAUGACCUACGGACUCCAGCUAACCGUUACCGCGGAUCUAGUGUGGUCGUGGAUUAAAAAGAAGAAAGUGAAAAAAGCUGUACGGAAACACGGAUCGAAAGUUGUGGUAAUAGAAAAGACAAAAACGAGUCUUGAUUACUAUAUUAUGCGAUUUGUCUUGAUCGUUGGAACGGUGAUUAUAGCGACUGUGGUACCCGACGUCGGGCCUAUGAUUUCCCUUGUUGGUUCGGUCGGUUUUUCAGUACUUGGUCUCAUAGUACCUGCUGCACUAGAGACCGUUUGGUACUGGAAUCCAGAAAGCGAAGAUGACUUUGAAGACAACCACCGAGAGAUGAACUACUGUGAUAGUACAGCUGUGGAGGACGGAAGUGGAUUAGCGUCGGCGGCGGCGCUGACCGCAAAGGUUGCAAAAACUGAUAAAGCCAGUAGGAACCUGGCUAUCCGCAGAGCUUUGCGACAUGUGAAAAAUUUUACAUAUGUUAUACUGGCUUUGUUUGCACUGACCGGCGGAGCCUUCUAUAAUUUACGUGAAAUUAUAUCUCAGUCUCCGGGCCACAGCGUGCCUGCAGUGGUCUUAGAAUUUUCUCAAACUUCGGCGUAAUGCUUUUAAAAUUACGACUAUGUAUUAUUUUAUAGUUAGACGUUUAGAAUAUAAUAAUAAGUUUUAUUUUGCUUGAGAACAGUUUGUAUGGAGAGAGAAUAUUAUAUUCUCGAAAAUUAUUUAAGCAAGCUCAAGUAUCUCAAAACCAGUACCUAAGUACAAUCACAGCUUAAUAUAUUUUUUUUUUACACAAACAAUUAUUACAAGUCAUAAUAUUAAUGACUGCACAUAUUUUAGUAUUAUUACUGUAGCACUCGUUAGUUAUAAAUAGCUUCAACGAUAUUGUCCAUCGAGAUAAUAUUAUUUUCACUUGAUAGAAUAUACGUAGAUCCACUAUAUUGUCUUAACUAUUAAGCUAUAAAGUUGUUCUAUUUUCGGUUUUUAAACGCUAUUCUUUGUUUAAAAACAGAGACAUUUUAAUUUCUUACUUAAU